AAAAGUGAGGCAGGAAAGCAGCUCGAUGUGUCUGUCUAUCAGUUGAGACUGUCUGAAAGCUCUGCGAUCCGAAUGUGUGUUAUAUUUCACUGAAAAGAGGAGAGAGGGAGAGCGCAUCUCCUCUCUCCCAGGAGUUUGGGGGGGACAGCGCGCGCUCACCUCGCCCACCCAGCAAACGUCCGUCCUUCGCCCCCUCGGCGCGCACUCCCGGGUCGUCGCCGGCUCAUUUUUUUGAAGGGGGUGUGUGGGUUUUUUUUUUUUUUUUUAUUUUGUGUGUGCUUUUCGAAUUUUUAUUUUUCCGCUGGAAGAUCGAGAGCGGCCGAAGACCCACGAUCCGGCGCGUUCGCCUCGGACUUGUCCUCGGGAGCGGCGGCCGGGGCCGGCCCGGGGGGCGGCGCGGGGCGCGGAGCGGCGGCCCGGCGGUGACACCGUUUGAUCUGUGACUGUUGGGAAGGUGGAGCGGCGCUGACAUCUCCCCCGGCGGCGCAUGUACGUACAGGGGCUUCACUCCUGUCCUGUCUGCUUUCUUCCUCCUAGACCGAGGGCGCGGAGGCACGGACAGCCGGCCGGCCUGGCCGGCGCACAAUGAGACAGCCGCCCGCCGCGCACUAGAGCGCCCGCCGCCGCGACCCCCCUCCGCCGGCCCGCGGGGCCCGACAAAGUUGCGCGCCCGGACAGCGGCCGCCAGCACCGCGCCGCGCCGGCGCCCGGACAGCGGCCGCCCAGCACCGCGCCGCGCCGGCGGCAUGCAGCGCGGGCCGCGGGCCGGCCCUCCGAGCGCCCGCCGCUGCGCCCGCGGCCCGCGCCGGGGAUGACUGCGGGCUCGGCGCCCAGGCCCCGCGCGCUCCGCCCGCAGCCCGGCGGCCCGGGAGCGGCCGGCCGCUGAGCGGCCCGGGGACGCGGCGGUCCAUGCGAGCGGCGCCCGGCGGCCGCGGCGCGCCCGGAGCCCGGAGCCCGCGGGGACGAGGCCGAAGUUGGGCGCGCCGCGGAGUUGCGCCCCCCGCGCCCCGCGAACUCCGGCGGCGGCCGAGGCCACGGCUGCGGCGGCCCGAGCAGCAUGCCGAGGAGGAAGCAGCAGGCCCCCCGGCGCUCGGCAGCUUAUGUUCCCGAGGAAGAACUGAAGGCAGCCGAAACAGAUGAGGAGCACGUGGAGGGUGGCGGACUGUCUUUGGACAUUCAGGAGAGCGAAUUCGUGUGCAAUGAAGAGACAGAGAUCAAAGAGGCCCAGAGCUACCAGAAUUCGCCCGUCAGCACUGCCACCAAUCAAGACGCUGGCUACGGGUCGCCCUUCAGUGAGGGCAGCGACCAGCUGGCCCACUUUAAAAGCUCCUCCUCCAGAGAGGAGAAGGAGGAGCCCCAGUGUCCUGACAGUGUCUCCUACCCCCAGGACAGCUUGGCACAAAUCAAAGCCGUGUAUGCGAACUUGUUCUCAGAGUCCUGCUGGUCUAGCCUAGCUUUGGAUUUAAAGAAGUCCAGUUUGACCACCAGCAACAAUGAUGCCAGCCAGAAGGAGAGCUCCACGCCCACCCCCACGCCCCCGACCAGCACCGCCAGCACCGCCUCCACCACGGCUACCACAGCCGUCACCAGCUGCACCACCAGUACCAGCAGCAGCUCAGGCUAUGACUGGCACCAGGCCGCCCUGGCCAAGACGCUGCAGCAGAGCUCGCCCUACGGCCUGCUGCCCGAGCCCAGCCUCUUCAGCACCGUGCAGCUGUACCGGCAGAACAACAAGCUGUAUGGCUCCGUCUUUACUGGCGCCAGCAAGUUCCGGUGCAAAGACUGCAGCGCGGCCUACGACACGCUGGUGGAACUUACGGUACACAUGAACGAGACGGGCCACUACCGGGAUGACAACAGGGACAAGGACUCCGAGAAGACCAAGCGCUGGUCCAAGCCCAGGAAGCGCUCCCUGAUGGAGAUGGAGGGGAAGGAAGACGCGCAGAAGGUGCUAAAGUGCAUGUACUGUGGCCACUCCUUCGAGUCCCUGCAGGACCUUAGCGUCCACAUGAUCAAAACAAAGCAUUACCAGAAAGUGCCUCUGAAGGAGCCCGUGCCAGCCAUCACCAAGCUGGUCCCUUCCACCAAGAAGCGAGCCCUCCAGGACCUGGCAUCCCCGUGCUCCCCGGAGCCCACGGGCAUGGCCACGGAGGUUGCGCUGAGUGAGUCGGCCAAGGACCAGAAAACGGCCAACCCCUAUGUGACACCCAACAACCGCUAUGGCUACCAGAACGGUGCUAGUUACACAUGGCAGUUUGAGGCCCGGAAGGCCCAGAUCCUCAAGUGCAUGGAGUGCGGCAGCUCCCAUGACACCCUGCAGCAGCUCACAGCCCACAUGAUGGUCACCGGCCACUUCCUCAAGGUGACCACCUCCGCCUCCAAGAAAGGGAAACAGCUGGUGCUGGACCCUGUGGUGGAAGAGAAGAUCCAGUCCAUCCCCCUGCCCCCAACCACUCACACCCGGCUGCCGGCCUCCAGCAUCAAGAAACAGCCAGACUCCCCUGCAGGCCCCGCAGCCUCAGAGGAAAAGAAGGAGCCUGAGAAGGAGAAGGAGAAGGAGAAAGAGAAAGAGAAAGCUCCCCUGGCUGCUGGGGACACGGAGAGAAAAAUCAAGGAGGAGGCUGACGAGUGUCCUGAGAAGUUUGAGCCCACCGCCCUGUACCAGUACCUGCGUGAGGAAGACCUGGAGGACAGCCCCAAGGGGGGAGUUGAUAUCCUGAAGUCCCUUGAGAACACCGUGUCCACGGCCAUCAGUAAAGCCCAGAACGGCGCACCAUCGUGGGGCGGCUACCCCAGCAUCCACGCGGCCUACCAGCUGCCCGGCACGGUGAAGCCGCUGCAGGCGGGCGUGCAGAGUGUGCAGAUCCAGCCGUCCUACGCCAGCAGCGUCAAGUCGCUCUCUUCCACAGAGCACAGCGCCCUCCUACACUCCCCUGGGAGCCUGACGCCCCCUCCCCACAAGAGCAACGUGUCCGCCAUGGAGGAGUUGGUGGAGAAGGUCACCGGCAAGGUCAGCGUCAAGAAGGAGGAGAGGCCCACUGAGAAGGAGAAGCCGUCCCCCGUCAAGGCCGCCUCCCCCGUGGCCAAGGAGAACAAAGAUCUUCCUAAGCCGGAGGAGACAGGGAGCAAGCCACCGAAGAAGGGCUCGGACACGGAGAGCGGGAAGGCCAAGAAGGAGGGCCUGCUGGAUGGCCACACCCCAAACGGCACGGAGCCUCCUAAAGCCAAGGUCACCAACGGCUGCAGCAGCCUGGGCAUCAUCACAGACCACUCGCCGGAGCCGUCCUUCAUCAACCCGCUGAGCGCCCUGCAGUCCAUCAUGAACACCCACCUGGGGAAGGUGUCCAAGCCCGUGAGCCCCUCCCUGGACCCGCUGGCCAUGCUCUACAAGAUCAGCAACAGCAUGCUGGACAAGCCCGUUUACCCUCCACCCCCCGCCAAGCAGGCCGAUGCCAUCGACCGCUACUACUACGAGAACAGCGACCAGCCCAUCGAUCUGACCAAGGCCAAGAGCAAGCCGCUGGGCUCGGGCCUGGCCGACGCCGUGGCCUCGCCGCUGCGGGAGAGUGCCCUCAUGGAUAUCUCGGACAUGGUGAAGAACCUGACGGGCCGCCUGACCCCCAAGUCCUCCACGCCGUCCACGGUGUCCGAGAAGUCGGAUGCGGACGGCAGCAGCUUCGAGGAGGCCCUGGAGGAGCUGUCCCCCGUCCACAAGAGGAAGGGACGCCAGUCCAACUGGAACCCGCAGCACCUGCUCAUCCUGCAGGCCCAGUUUGCCUCCAGCCUCCGAGAGACGGCUGAAGGCAAGUACAUCAUGUCGGACCUGGGCCCCCAGGAGCGGGUGCACAUCUCCAAGUUCACGGGCCUCUCCAUGACCACCAUCAGCCACUGGCUGGCCAACGUCAAGUACCAGCUGCGGAGGACAGGGGGGACGAAGUUCCUCAAGAACCUCGACACAGGGCACCCUGUUUUCUUUUGUAGCGAUUGUGCCUCUCAGUUCAGAACUGCCUCCACCUACAUCAGCCACCUGGAGACGCACCUCGGCUUCAGCCUGAAGGACCUCUCCAAGCUGCCGCUCGGUCAGAUCCAGGAGCAGCAGAGCGUCUCCAAAGUGCUGAGCAGCAAGCCCCUGGGCCCCCUGGGCCUGGCCGAGGAGGACCUGGGCUCCACAUUCCAGUGCAAGCUCUGCAACAGAACUUUCGCGAGCAAGCACGCAGUAAAACUGCACCUUAGCAAGACACACGGCAAGUCGCCAGAGGACCACCUGAUCUACGUGACGGAGCUGGAGAAGCAGUAGUGUCCAGGGCCGCACGGGACUCCCACCCUGCUGUGCUGCACUAGGCCUGGCCUGAGCCGCUGAAAUCAGUCUCUCCUUUGUUGCUGACCUGCCUGUCUGGACUCGGUUUUUCUUACACAUAUUUUGUAGUUAUAUUUAUAUGCUCUUUGUCUGAUCUGUGCAUGUUCUUUUUCUUUUUUUUUUUUUCUUCCGUGAGUCAAAGUCUGACCUUUAUUUUCAGCAUCCGUUCUUGUUGUUAAGCUCUCUGUUGUAGGAAAUAGUGGGGCACGCUCGGAGACAUUGUUUGGCAGUAAAGAAAGAUACAAAUAGCAGCGAUAAAAAGACAUCCUAAAAUUACGAAGUUGCCAUGACAAUAAAGGUCUCGGGACCUGGUGGUGUCAAGUUUAACCCUUUGAGGACUUUAUCUCUGUGCCUUUCACUCAAAAAUUAAAAAAAAAAAAUUAAAAAAAAGAGAGAAGGGGGAAAAGGCGCUUAAAGGCUUUUCGUUCAGAUCAAAAGCUGUGUCAGACACAAAACCUAUUUAAUAAUUAAAAAUGAGCUUUUAUAUGCAGGACUGGUGUGUGACAACACAUGCAUGCAGAGGUUGAGGCAGGAGGCUGUCUAGGACUCCGGGGUCAGGAAGCCACAACUUUAUAUGUUCAAAACAAGAGCAACGUGCACCCCAGUCGUCACUAUGCCCCAACCCCCUGGAUGCUGAAAAAUGCCACUUUUGGCAAAAAAGUAUGCAAGCUUAUUAUUUAAAAAUGUGUAAAAAUGCUAUUUCUUUUUUCCUGUAAAAUAUUGCAGUUUAUAGUUAUUUACAAAUGUAAGCUUUGGUAUCAGCUGACCUUUCUAUAGCGUGAUGCAUUGGUAAAUGAAAAAAAAAAAACACAGAAAAAAAAAACCAAAAAAAAAUAGGGCAAAUGUUGGAUCCUUUCCUUGUAAAUUGCCAGCAUCAGCUUACCACGCCUGUAUGUUACAUAUCAUAUCAUUUUAAUCUACUCAACUUUCUUUGUACCUUCUGGCUGUAUGCGUUCUCUUUUAACUUUUUAUAUUGUCAUUUUAUAUUAAAUUUCUGUGUAUAUAAUGUAAAACCACAAUUUUUGGAUAAAAUUUAGUUCCUGCAGCUUGAUUUAAAUAGAGAAAUUUUACUGGCACCUGCAUCUUCUCGGAUGCAUGUACUCAGAGGAACUAUCAGACAAAAAUAAAUAAAUAAAAACAAAGCAAGCAAUGCACUAUUAAUUAUACAUUUUGAUGUCCUGUCAUUAAUAUUGUACAGUACAUUUCGGUUCACACAAUUAAAUCCACUGUUUUCUCAAAUGUAAAAUAAACCCACACGCAGUUCUUGAUUUACA